GUGUGCGCGCUGGAGGCGAGAGCGAGCAUCGUCAGCUGUGCGCAUCUCGCAGCAUCUCUCUCUCUCUCUCUCCAUCCAUCGAUCGAUCCGCAAGCGCCUCGGACCCUAGGCUCUCUCAUCCGUCGCCGCUCACUCAUCGCGCAUCUGCGAACAUCUGUGCCAGCGGCGCCCCGCGCUCUGCACGUGCACCUGGCAGCAGCGCCGCUCACCUGCUCACGCGCUCACCUGCUCACGCUCUCACAGCGAUGGACGUGGAAGCGGCGCGCACCCCGCCAAGGCGCUCCUGCAGGUGUCUGGACGUGUGGCUCGCCGUGUCCGUCACUCUCUUCUACGCGUGUGUCCUAGUGGGGGGGGCGGUGUACGCGACGCUCGACAACCGGCGGCACGUGGGCGCCGAAGGAGGAGCGGGGUCCCCGGCGGACCUCCCCAGGGCGAUCGCGCAGCGCGCGGAUACGCACGAGCGACACAUGAUCGACGGAGUGACAUACUUGUUCCCGCAGAGUGAGGAAAUAAUGGACGCCAAGGUGGUGAACUGGACCGCGGUUAGGUACAGGAACAGAACCACCGUGGGGAGCUUCUAUGAGUACAAAAGCAGCUCGUCUGUGCUGAAAGUGAAGAAGGAGGGCAGCUACCUGCUCAUGGUCUCCCUGAAGUUCACAUGCAGUUCUUCGGGGUGCAAGCAGGCGAAUACCACGGAGAAGUUCACCCUGAGCGUCUCGUGCGAAAGUAUCAAAUUUGAAUGCCAGGUGGACCUGAAGGAGGGCUCUGUCCAGCAGUGUGUGGACAUACUGAUGCUGCCCGACAGCUGUGAGCUGAAAGCUCGCAUGAAACACACAAAGGAGAAUUUAGGUUGGAAGCUGGACAAAAAUGCCUCGAAGCUGGGCAUAGCUCUGCUGGCAAUGCUCGCUUAGGGCCACGGCGCCACCAGGCCUUUGUCCAUGUGCUGGACACGGAAGCUCAAUUUGCACAGGAUGGUGCUGCGUGUAUCUCCCCUUACGGCGGGGAGAGGGCGCCACUUGGAUGGGUCACCAGCACUUGGCUCAGUUAACCCCUAAUUUAUUUGUUUGUGUCUUAUUUUUCUGUAACUAUUUAACUUACGGGUAUUUUGGAUAACAAAGGGAUGUAUUUAUAAAGACUAACUCUGAUUGUGAUACGUAUUUAUAAUGUAUGCGGACAACACUAAAAGAUUAAUAAAUAAGGGCAGGGCAGUUUGCACUCACUGUGGUGCCUUUCCGAUAUUCCUUCCUGAGAAUUUGCAUUACGGGUUAAGUUUGUACAUUCCUCCCAGAAUGCACUGCCACUAUGCAGCAGCAGGCGGCGCCAGAGAGGCAGCCACAGCCACAGAAAUGCCGCCAUGGUGCCGUUAUCAGAUGGACCAUGCUGUUUGGGUCGGCUGCAGCCCCUCCCUGGUCAGCGUGCUUUCUGUUUACAAUAUGUCAUGUCGGGGGGGUGGGGAUGGGGAUCGGGGAUGCCAGAAAUGACUCCAGCGUGACCUUGGCAUGACUUCAGUCUCAUUGCACCGCCGUUGCGUGCCGUGACUCAGUGGGCCCCCGGAUUCAGCGAGCCGUGACUCACGGUGGGCCUGCGGGCAGCGAAGAGGCAUUGUGAUGCAACACCGAUGAACGAUGGAUGAUGCAACGGGACCACGUGCUGGAGCGGCGCUCGUUCCACACGCUUCCCGGAGCGCCACCUAGUGGCACCCGGCUCAGUUUGUGGUGCGACGUGGGCUCGGAGGGAGCGCGACGGAAACCUUACCGCUUCUUCUCUGUUUUAUGUUACGAAAAGGUGCCUUUUAUUCCAGAGUGUUUGCAAACGGACAGAUGAUGUUAAUGUGGGGAGGAAUAAAGCUGAGGAAGAGACGUGUGUUUUGCUGAGGACAUUUUUACCACUUGUUAACAAAGAGUAAUAAAAGAGAAGUACAAUGAU